AUGGGGAUCGAGACGCCCUCCAUCCAAGCGGUCGUCGCCGCCAACGGCGGGCCUACUCCUUCGCCGAAAGAGGAUAGGAUGGCGCGUUUGGGGGCGGAAGCGAAGGAUGAGAUGGUGGCGCUUCACGCGGCGGAGAAGGCGGCGCGGGCAGAAGAAGAGGAAGAUGUAGAUGCCGACUACCUCGCCGUGGCUGAUGACAACGAAGCCGACGGGCUAUUUUCCGACGUCUACGGUUGCUUCGAAGACACCAUUGGGCAGACGGUGGUCGCGCCUCGGUGGGGCAACGCUGCUACGCCCUCGCGUCCCGGGUGCACGCACUGA